GAAAGGAGGGAGGGCUGUGUGUGUGUGUCUGAGAAAUGAGAGAGAGGGAGGGAGGAGGGUACUGAGAGAAAUCUGUCAGAUUCAAACACACUGCUCUGUGUGUGUGUGUGAUAGAGAGAACGAGCGAUGAUGAGAAGAGAGGAGGAGAGCCGAGGAAGAGAUAGAAAGAGACAGCAGAGGAGCACAGAGUGAGGCCACUUCACCUAUGGAUCAGGAUUCACCGAAGGGAUUCCAUGAACACACCGACCUGACUGACAGCCCCGCAGAGCGCAGCCGAUCGACACUGAUGCCGAUGCCUCGAAUGCAGCUGUAAAGCAGCAAGGCCAAGGGGUCAGGGCUGAAAGGUCACAGACUACAGAGCCGGAGUGAGCACUGAGGUUGAAAGGGUUUCAGCAGGGGAGACUGAGAGGGGAAACAGGGGUCAAGAAAGACUGUCUCAGUGACGGACAAGAGUCAAGGGGUCAAAGAUGAUGACGUCACAUGUAAAGCUGAGGAGGGAGAAGGGGAGUCUGGCAGAGUACGAUUCGCAGAUGAAAGACCUGCGGACCCAGCUGACAGACCAGAUCAAGAUUUUGGACUCUCAAGUGGAGGUGAAGCAGCAGCAGGUCUCAGACCUCUCUGAGUUUCUCCGGCGCCGAGGCGACAUCGAGGCUGAAUAUGCGCGCGCCCUGGACAAACUGACCGAGCGAUUCACCCACAAGACUAAAAAGAAGGAGCAGUGGGGUCAGUCUGUGUGUCAGGUCUGGUCUGUUCUGCUGACUCAGACUCGGCUGGAGAGCCGGGAACAUGCAGCGCUGGGUGACACCUGCUGCAACACACUCACGCUGCGGUUGGCACACAGUACGGAGGAUACACACCGUCUGCACAAACGGAGCAAAGAAGUUGGUAUCCAGAUGCAGGAUGAAUUGCUGAAGGUCACUACUGAAAUGCAGACGGCUCUGAAGACAUAUAACCAGUACCACACAGACUGUCUGAUAGCUGAGGGGAAACUGAAGGAAGCCGAGCGGUUGGAGGAGAGACACACCGGCAAGUCAGCUGAGCUCGGCCUCGGCCAAUCAGGAGGGCAGAGGCGGAGCUCCGUCAAGAAGAUGGAGAGAUUAAUGGAGAAAAGGCAUGGCAGAGUGCAGGAGAACCAGCUGAAGUGCACCAAGGCUCGUAAUGACUACUUGCUGAAUCUGGCAGCUGCCAAUGCAGCCAUGAAUAAAUACUACCUGCAGGACAUCAGCACUCUCAUCGACUGCUGUGACCUGGGUUUCCACCUGUCUGUGGAGAGGGUGAUGAAGUGCUACCUGACCAGUAGGUGGCGCAUCCAGAAGACAGAGGAGACGGGGCUGAAGCAGCUGGAAGCUGCCAUGACGUCCCUGGACCAGGGUGGAGACAGAGAUGCGUUGCUACAGCAACACGACUCUGCCUUCUGCCUUCCCUUCAGAUUCAACUACCAUCCACAUGAGGGAGACCAGGUGUGCGAGGUGAGUGCGGAGAGCCAGGUGAGGUACGAGCUGGAGACCAGGUUCCAGCAACUUCAGUCUCGACUCGCUGCCGUUACCUUGGAAACAGAGGAGGUCAGUAAAACGCUUAAAGCCACACUCACAGCCCUGCUGGACAAUAUGUGUGAAAGCGACUUUAACCCCUCCCCCGACGUGCCCAGCAGCCUUGAGCCCCCUGGAGGAAACACCGCCCAAAAACUUACCCUUGCCAAGCGUCGAGCCAAUCAGCAGGAGACAGAGACCUACUAUUUUACAAAAGUGAAGGACUUCCUCAUCAGCAGUUCUCUGACCUUCAAACUUCAAGCCAAACAUGACCUUCUACAAGAUGCCAUACAGAAAGCUGAGGCUGUCGACAGUGACCCUUCCAGAACGCAAUGUGCUCGGUCAGUGCGUGUUCGGAAGUCCAGACCUGUUUCCCAAUUCUGCCACACACUCUUCACCACAGACAUACUCUCCUACAUACAGAGCUCCGGGCAGCAGAUUCCUGUGGUGGUUGAAAGCUGUAUCCGUUUCAUAAACCUUCACGGCCUCCACCAUGAAGGGAUAUUCAGAGUUCCUGGGUCACAGAGGGAGGUUAACCACAUCAGAGAUGCAUUUGAAAGAGGAGAGGAUCCGCUGUCAGACAGUGAGUGUGAUCUGGACUCUGUGGCCGGUGUGUUGAAGCUUUACUUCAGGGGCCUUGAGCCUCCUCUCUUCCCGUACGACAGCUACACCCAGCUGCUGGAGUGUGCCCAAAUCGAGGGGGUGACAGAGAGAGCGGUCCAGAUCAAAGGGAUUGUCUCCACCUUCCCACGGCCUCUCCUCAUCGUGAUGCGCUACCUUUUCGCUUUCCUCAACCACGUGUCUCAGUACAGUGAUGAGAACAUGAUGCUGCCCUACAACCUGGCCGUGUGCUUCGGGCCGAGCCUGCUGAGAGGGUUGGAUUCUGAUGACGCUGUUGCUAGGCAGCCACAGAUCAAUGAUCUCGUCAAAACCAUGAUCCUCCAACAUGACCUCAUCUACCCCGGCCAAUCAGAACUGCCGGGCCCCGUCUACGAGAAGCACAUGACUCUGGAGCAGGAGUACUGUGAACCAAUCACAGAGGAGGGAGACGGAGAGACUGAGCCCCUGCCCAGUGAGGACGAGUGGGAGGCAGUGGCAAUGUUUGACUACGCAGCAAGAUCUCCAGCUGAGCUGUCCUUCAAGCAGGGAGAGCUUCUCAUCCUCCACAGCAAGGCCUCCUGUGAUUGGUGGCGAGGCGAAGUGGGAGGGGUUAAGGGUCUCAUCCCUCACAAGUACAUCAGCGUGCUGGAAGGGUCAGACCGAGCGAAAAGAGAGGACGGAGGAGGAGGAGGCAGCACUGGAAACCUGACAACAGAAGAUCCACAGACGGAGAACACAACUCGGAUGCGGGUGAACAGCGACAGCGCUUCGUUGCCCGGGAGACAGAGAGGAAGUGAGGGGAGCCCCAAUCGAAAGCCGCCGACCUCUCCCGCCACACGACACCUGCCAGUGUCUCAGGAGCGAAGACACACUUUGGACACCGUGAGACAGGGCGGCUUCAGACCCCCAGACAGACCUCCGUUUGGUCAGCCAGACAGACAACCAGUCGACAAGGACAUGAUCAGCCGUCAGAUGAAUUCUGUGUUCAAGGAGCUCCUGUCUCGACAGCCAGCCUUGCCGUCGUCCACUCUCGCCACCCCUGCUCCCUCUUCCUCCUCCUCCUCCUCCUCCUCCUCUCUUCCUCAAGCUGCCCCCGCUGCCAAAAAAGUCGGAUUCGGCCUCAGAGGACGAACCCUUUUCAGACCGGUGGACUAAGAGAGAGGAGAGGAUGAGUGGAAUUAUUGAUUUAUUGUUUAACUAUGAUGAUUAUGCUGAUGCCGACGAUACAUUUGGUGAAGAUCUUGAUUUAUUUUUUUGACACGUGUAUAAUAUUUGCGUCUUUGCCAUCUCAUAGUGCCACUAGUCUUGGUGCCGUGUUACUGUACGUCCAGUGUGUCUGUUUUACAGCUGGUUUUUGUCUUUUUUUAUGUUCUGGUCUGUUUUAGUUCUCCAGGCUUUUGUAAUUUUUGGGAGAAUCAGGGAUGUGACAUCACCAGACUGACUUUUUAAAGUGGUUGCCAUGGUACUUACAACAACAACAACGACAAUAUAUUUAAGCUGCCCCCUAGUGGCAGGUCUGAGAUCGGCUCACCCUUAAAAAGAAAACUGAUCCGGGGCCUGAUAGGUUUGAACUGUGCUCAUUAUGUUUUUCAAAAGUAAUGUGAUCUAGAGAGGUGUCUAUCAAACCCCAAAGUGUUCAAUAUUAAAUAAGACAUUGUGAAAUAAAAAAUAAGCUUAUGUAACUGUGUGAAAAUUAAAAAAGAUUUUGUUUUUUUAAACUUGAGGAAAUUGAUGAAACUCAACUCCUUACCUUUUGUGAUAACAUAAUUUCUUUGGAUAUUAUUAAUUAUAGACAUGUUUAUAUCAAAAUACCCCUUUUCAAAAGUCUGUUUUUAUUUCAUAAUGGCAUUUUUCCAGAUGACACUUUUAAUUCAUUUCAAGGUUUAUUUCAUAAUGUCACUUUUCAUAAUGACAAUUCUUAUUUCAUGUCACUUUUCAAGACAAUAUUCACUGCCCUCCCACCUCUCCCUCCAGCAGGUCUAGGUGCCAUAUAAAUACUGUGAAAGCUCAACCCCCAGAGAAAUGCACACAGCAUUCAGAAACUGUGCCUUUUUAAACGAGCCGUCAGCACUUCCAUAAGGUUGCGAUGUCAUAACUAUACGUGUAUAAAGGUGCCGAAAAUGCCGUUACAGUCAUGCCCCGGCUGCGAUGGCGGCGCAGAGAGCGCAGAUACGGAAGACCCGGAAACACUGACCAAUCAAAGCGGCUCUUUCGCGAGGGGGCGAGAGACAGGCGGUAUAACAGAGCGUUUCAGACAGAGGGGAAAUACAGGUAUAUUCAGUAAAUGUGUUUGGUUUUUUAACAUUAAAGCAUGUAAGCAUGUUCUAGUAACAUGUUCAACGUUAUUCUGAAGAAGCCGACUGGAGGCUGCUGAUUUAAAUGGACACAGUAACUUCUGUAGCUUUUAAGCCUUAGCUUAAUGCUACCUACUGAUUACUCAUCAUUAAAGUGACACCACUGUCGUGGGAAGUGACAUGAAAUAAAUAGUGACAUUAUUAAAAAGAAGACAUAUGUACAGAGGUAGAUUUUUACUUUACUUUGCAUAGAGAAUAUUGUCGAACUGUUGAGAAUAAAGUUGAUAGUAUAUCAACGUUAGACGAUUUAUUCUCAACAUUUUGACUUUUUUUUCAAUAUUUUGACUAUAUUUGCAACGUAUCAACUUUAUUCUCAAUAUUUAAACAUUCUUGAAAUACUUCUUUAGCUUUAGUCAUUUCCCUUACCCCUGGCCCUAAAACUGUUCUGCACCACUUAUGAUGAAAUAACAUUUCAUUAUAAUGAACUGAGUUUUAUUAAUUACUUAAUCAUUAUUUACCAAAUGUUUGUUUUUAUUUAUAUAUGUGAUACAAUUUGUUCAUGUGAAUAUUUAUUUAUCUAUUUAUUUAUUUAAUAUUGAACAUUUUGGGGCCCCAUAGAUGUUAUUCAGAAUGACUGUAAGCAGCGGGGUCAGUCAUACUUUAUAGCAGCAUGCAGCAUAAGCACACACACACGAAACACAUUCCCCUUCAUAUGUGAUAAAUGGCCUGAUACGCAGGCCAAAACUCAGGGCUUUUGCAGAGUUGGAGACGGGCUAACUCAGGUUCGGCUUCAAUGGAAUAAGGAAGAGUUUCUCACCCAGGGCUUUGGUUGACUUGCUCUUCAACUGGAAACUGUGCCCAAGCCUCAACUGCCAAAAUGGCCCCUUUAUCAGAGAGGAUUCAGUGACUUCCUCUGGUUUAAACUGUGAAUGCAAUGGUGACAUUUUGGCGCCACAAUCAAAACUCUUUCUCUUAUUCAUCCACACAUUCCCCCCCCCCCACUAUCCACAGGUCCCAUUCUUUCAGGAUUUCUGCAGCAAGGUGCACAAUAACUUUUACUCCAAGAGCAUUUGAAACCUUCUUGCAUAAUGGCAUCUCCCCUCUGUCGUGUUUCAGUACUGGAAACAUAGAAGUAGAAUCCUUUUUAAAUAUAUUCUGCCUCUAUGAUUAAAACACCCUGUUAUUCUGGAUCACUGUUUGAUGAUGUCACUAAAUUUACUGUGUUCAAUUGUAUAUGUGGUAUUAAAAAAAUAAUAAUUCAAUAAAGUGAUGAAUGAUGAA